AUUCAUAAUUUUUCAGAAGUCUUUAUCAGAAAACGAGGGUCACUACUAUCGGCGACUGAAGCAAAACAUCGCCCGUAGUAUUUCGUUACUGCAAAUCGUAGAUUACUCGGCAGACAAAAAGGACUUUCUUGGUAUUGAUGGCAUCCAAAAUUCAGCAACUGCAAUCUAAGGCAUAUCAAGCUUCACAGUUUCUUGCUAAGCAUGGUACUGGCUACUACAAACAGUUGCUGGAGCAGAACAAACAGUAUAUUGUAGAGCCACCUACUGUUGAAAAAUGCAAUGAAUUGUCCAAGCAGUUGCUAUACACGCGUCUUGCCAGCAUCCCUGGCCGUUAUGAGUCAUUUUGGAAGGAAGUCGAUUCUGUCAAGCAUAUGUGGAGGAAUAGAAAGGAAUUGAAGGUUGAAGAUGCAGGCAUUGCUGCUUUGUUCGGCUUGGAGUGCUUUGCAUGGUACUGUGCUGGUGAGAUAGUAGGAAGAGGAUUUACAUUCACUGGUUACUAUGUCUGAGAUAUCAGUUUCCGAAAAUUUGUUUGGUCAAAUUGACAACUGUGAGGUCUCUCCUUUUAUUAGCGUGAUUUGAGUGACAGGAAAUUCAUACCAGGUUUUGUUUCUGAAGAAAGUUUUUGGAUCUGAGAAAUCAGUGUUUAAAUUGAUGCAAUAAUUUACUAAUUCUGGCUCAUCUUUUUCCCACCUCAAUGGGGAGGCUUAGAUUGAAAUUUGUAAUAGUAAUUUUAUCUGUUGAAUGAUACUGCUGCCCAUGACAGUACGUGCGCUUUGUUAAUGUUCCUUUUGUUGAUAUGUGGA